AUGGCCACCACUCAAACCGCAAUUUCCAAGAGGAGAAAGUUCGUUGCUGACGGUGUCUUCUAUGCCGAGCUGAACGAGUUCUUCCAGCGCGAGCUGGCCGAGGAGGGUUACUCCGGCGUCGAGGUCCGCGUUACCCCCACCGUCACCGACAUCAUCAUCCGCGCCACACACACCCAGGAAGUCCUCGGAGAGCAGGGUCGCCGCAUCCGUGAGCUCACCUCGCUCAUCCAGAAGCGAUUCAAGUUCCCCGAAAACUCCGUCUCCCUCUACGCCGCCAAGGUCCAAAACCGUGGUCUCUCCGCCGUCGCCCAGUGCGAGUCCCUCCGAUACAAGCUUCUCAAUGGUUUGGCCGUCCGAAGGGCUUGCUACGGUGUGCUAAGGUUCAUCAUGGAGUCUGGCGCCAAGGGUUGCGAGGUCGUCGUCUCCGGAAAGCUCAGGGCCGCCCGUGCUAAGAGCAUGAAGUUCACCGACGGAUUCAUGAUCCACUCUGGUCAGCCCGCCAAGGACUUCAUCGACCACGCUACCCGCCACGUCCUGCUCCGCCAGGGUGUGCUCGGUAUCAAGGUCAAGAUUAUGCGCGGCUCCGACCCUGAGGGCAAGGCCGGCCCAUCCAAGUCUCUUCCCGACUCCGUCACUAUAAUCGAGCCCAAGGAGGAGCAGCCCGUCGUCCAGCCCAUGUCGCAAGAUUACGGCGCCAAGGCCAUCGCUGCUCAGCAGGCUGCAGAACAGGCCAGGCAGGCCGAGCAGGGCGAGGGCGAGGCCCAGCCAGCUGGUGGUGAGGGCUACUCUGAGGAGCAGUAG